AGGCUCUAAGCAACAGGCCUCGCAGUCGUCAACAUCGCCAACUUCAAGGGUAAGAUUCUCAGAAAUGCCUCUCCAAGAAUACCAAGUUGUUGGUCGUCACCUCCCCACCGAGACUGAUCCCAACCCUAAAAUCUACCGCAUGCGUAUCUUCGCGCCCAACGAAGUCGUCGCGAAGUCGCGAUUCUGGUACUUCCUGCGACAACUGAAGAAGGUCAAGAAGGCUUCUGGCGAGAUUAUUGGAGUCAACGUUAUCCACGAGAAGAAACCAUUGAAAGUCAAGAACUUUGGUAUCUGGCUUCGCUAUGACUCUCGCUCCGGCACACACAACAUGUACAAGGAGUUCCGUGAGCUCAGCCGUGCGGAUGCCGUCAAAGCCCUCUACCAGGACAUGGCCGCCCGCCACCGUGCCCGCUUCCGGUCUAUCCAUAUCCUCCGUGUUGUGGAGAUUGAAAAGACCGACGAUAUUCGCCGCCCCUACAUUAGGCAGCUCCUCGUCCCGAACCUCAAGUUCCCUCUCCCCCACCGCGUCGCUAAGGUUCGCUCGACCUUUGUUGCGCACCGCCCCUCGACCUUCUAAAUGCGCCAUCGAGUUUGAUAUCCCUUGGUCGUUGCUAGGGUUUAUACGGGAAAAUCACGCCCGGCGUGUACUACCUUGGCAUGGGCUUGCCCGUCAUUGUAUGGCUCUGAUCUGCAGUCUUACUUACAUGCAUAACGAUGCUUUGACGCACGCUUUCGUUGCUGGCUUUCUGACGAUCUAUUCACAUCUCUUCG